AUGGCUGAUAACAGUGAUCCAUUGCCAAAUAUUGAUCAAGCAUAUCAGCGAGUCAUUCAAGACGAGAGGUUGCUGCAAGGAGAAUCUUCAAUUCAUCAGAACCGUGACAAUGUCAUGGCUUUUAAAGCUACAGCUGCUACGCGAGGUAAAUCUAAACUUGUGGACAAUUCUGAAAAAUUUUGUCCUCACUGCAAUAGAGAAGGACACGACGAGCGCUCAUGUUUUCAGCUUCAUGGAUUCCCCGAGUGGUGGGGGGACCGUCCUCGUGGUGGUCGUGGACCGGGUUGUGGCAGAGACACAUCAGGGCGUUCUAGAGGGCGUGGCAGAGGCACCUAUAACGCACCUGUGCACGCCAACAAAGUCACAACAAGUAGCUGUAGCAGCGGUGGUAAUGGUGGACAGUCUCAUGCACCACCACACUCAAGUGAGGCAGCAGGUAUAUCAGGAAUUACCCCGACACAAUGGCAACAAAUUCUCGAUGCUUUGAAUAUUUCCAAAACUAAAGAUCGCCUCCAUGGCCCGGACGACGAGGACGUUGAUUGGAGUGGGUGA